AUGGCUCCAUAUGCUGCACUUAUUGACGCAGAGUCUGCGAAUGUUCGUCCAUGCGACGCCGACGUUUUUGCGUUCGGUGUACGCCUUGGAGACACCCCAAAGCACCACAGUGAACGUCCAACGACUGGCCGUAAAGAUUCCGUAAAUGGCAUGAAGGGGUCGUGGGAAGAUAUAGCGCUCAAGUGGCUCGACACGAUCUGCACCCACCAGUCUGCCUACUUUGCCUUGGCAAGCAAGCCUAAUCCCAAGUCUUAUCACAAGCAUGUCGGUCGGAUCAUCGCGAACGCGACUAUCGAACUCGUCAGGAAGGACGCCAAAUACGAAGAUAAUCAGUUAUUCAUUGCCAAAUGCGAGCGCGACGCCAUACUGGAGUGGCUGGCAAACAACAACAAUAUUUCCUCGUCAGUCAAUAUGCACGACCUAUUCGACCCUGACAAAGAAACGACCAACUUCACCGGCACAUCCUCUCCCUCUCUCUCUCCCUCCUCUCCUCCGACUUCGAAAUCCUAG